CACAUUUACUCGAAAGGCUGCACAAAAAAAUGCACCUGCCAGUCAGCAGGCCACCUCCAGUGCAACGAAAGCAGCUGCCAGCUUGGAGAGACCUGUGCCCUUCGGGAAGGCAUGCCUGGCUGCUUGACGCUGGAAGCUCAAUGCCAACUCACUGCCCAAGCGCGGUUCACUUCUUUCGAUGGUGCCACGGGGAGAUAUUCCUGCAGUGGAGUCUACGAAAUAGCUUCUCUUUGUGACCAGAACUCUGCCUCCUGGUUCAGGCUGUUAGUGAGCAUUGGAAAAGUGUAUACGAAGGAGAUGGUGGUUGGAAAAUCUGUCUUCUUUUACUUUCGAGGUGGCUUCAUUCAGAUAAUAAACCGAGAAAGGUUUUGGGUAAACGGUCAGAAUAUAAAGCUGCCAUAUGAGAACAGCCCUGUGUCCAUGAGGAAAAUUGAAGAUAAAAUUGUUAUUGACCAUGAUUCUGAAGUGCAAAUUUAUCUCCAUCCUGAUGGGAUGGUGACAAUGGCAGCCAAGGAGAGCCUCAGAGGGAAGCUGUGUGCCGCCUGUGGAAACUUCAACAAGGACCAUUUGGAUGACUUGAAGCUGGCCAGUGGAGAGAGAACAAAUAAUUUUGAUGAAGUACUCAAGUCCUGGGAGGCGGAAGAUUUUCUUGAAAAUUGCUUCUAGAC